GACAAAAUGUCAACAAAAUUCGCGGAUGAAUAUCAGCCUCUUCUUCUGAGAGAAUUCAGAGAUAAAAAGCCAUCAAAGAUUCCAAACAAAUCACUUCUGCUGGCUGCCUGUGCUGCGUGUAUAGGGGGAACCUUUCAGUAUGGAUAUAAUAUAUCUGUCAUCAAUGCACCCACAAGGUAUGUGCACGAUUUUAUCAACCAAACCUGGGGGGAGCGUUACCACACAGACAUUUCACCAGAUGUUCUCACCCUGCUUUGGUCCACUAUUGUGUCCAUAUUCACUAUAGGAGGACUCUUAGGAGCAACAGUCGGUGGGACAUUGUCUGUGAAGCUGGGGAGGAAAGGGGCGCUGUUGGCCAAUAAUGCAUUUGCAUUAGUGGCCGCUUUGCUGAUGGGUCUGAGUUACCCUACAGGAUUCUAUGAGUUACUCAUCAUUGGACGUCUUCUCACUGGAAUUAAUGCAGGCAUUGGCCUUUGUGUUCAGCCUCUAUAUUUGGGGGAAAUUUCUCCAACUGCAUUUCGUGGUGCCAUGGGAACGGGAACUUCUAUUUUCAUCACAGCUGGGAUCUUGACAGGACAAGUGGUUGGCCUCAAAGAGCUCCUGGGCGUAGAAGAGUACUGGCCCAUCCUGCUCUCCACCACGUGUGUCCCAGCGAUCCUGCAGCUCCUCAUCCUGCCCUGGUUCCCAGAGAGCCCGCGCUACCUGCUCAUUGACAAAGGAGAUGAUGAGGGAUGUAAAAAAGCUCUGAAGCAACUGCUCGGUAAUGCUGGCUGUGAUGGUGCAUGGGAGGAUAUUGAGAAGGAGAGGAAUAAUUUAGCUAAUUUCCAGGCCAAGAAACCUUGGGAGCUCUUCACUGAUCGCAGUGUCCGCUGGCAGCUUCUCACCAUCAUGCUGCUCAACACUGCACAGCAGCUGAACGGCAUCAAUGCCAUUUACUUCUAUGCAGAUUAUUUGUUCAGACAGUCUGCUAUUCCCAAUGAUCACAUACCAUAUGUGACUGUUGGAACUGGCGCUUGUGAAUGCAUCACGGCUUUAACAUGUGGUUUGCUCAUCGACUGUCUGGGAAGAAAAGUGCUCAUCACGGGAGGAUACACACUGAUGAGCAUCUGCUGCAUUUUAUUCACGCUAACGCUCUCUUUUCAGGAUGCCAGCCCAGUAAUUCCAUACUUGAGCAUGGCAUGUGUAUUUGCUUUUAUCCUGAGUUUUGGCUUAGGACCAGGUGGCGUGAGCAACAUCUUGACUAUGGAGCUGUUCACACAAACUGCUCGCCCUGCAGCGAACAUGAUCGCAGGGCUUUUGAACUGGUUCAGCUUCUUCUUCAUCGGCCUGCUCUUCCCUUUUAUUCUGCUCGGGCUGCAGCAGUACUGUUUCCUGGUGUUCCUGGCUGUCUGCUCCUUGACGGCGAUUUACAUAUUCCUUGUCGUUCCUGAAACCAAGAACAAAACUUUCAUUGAAAUUCAAAAUGAGUUUCAGUCCUCCAACAACAGAAAGUCCCACAGUGGCGACAGAGCGGGGAUGAUGCUGUUAUCAACUUCCAUAUGA